AUGCUUUCUGUUACUCGAGCUCCACCAUACGUGGCUGAACCAACUAUUCCUGCAGACCCGCCGCCCCCGUACAGUUCUAUCGCUCAGCCUCCUCCCGUUCCGCCGUCGUAUGUGCCCGGAACAACUGUGGUGAUCACUAACGCGGGUUUCGGUUCGGGCUCUCAGUUCGCAUUUUGCCCCACGUGUCUGAGGUCAGUCAACACCCAGCCGGUCUACGAGUCAGGCGUGCUGGCCUGGCUGUUCUGCGCGCUAAUAUUUAUCCUUGGGUAA